AUACUGUAAGGCCGAAUACAUUAUGUAAACAACUAAUUCCUCGCACACAGACGAUGUGCGGUGCCAGUGCCAGUGCCAUUGCACAGCUUAGUGGGUGCGAGACAUACGACGGUGAUAACUCCCGAAGAACAAUGUCGAGCCUUGAAAAGAUCGCAGAAAAUAUUGUCAAGAAAGCAGACACCAAAGAGGAAGUCAGAAUGGACUCUUUUUGGGCUGAGCAACGAUGUGUUAUUUUCUUCAUGCGACGUUUUGGGUGACUUUACUGCCGAGUGGCAUCCAAGGAGUGAGUCUCCUUAUGCCACAACUUUCUGAGGCCAAUGUCAGACUAAUUGGCAUUGGUUUAGAAGAACUGGGAGUUGAAGAAUUUAUAGAGGGGAAAUUCUUUGAAGGAGAGUUAUACAUUGAUGUGGACAAAAAGAGCUUCAAAGAUUUAGAAUUCAAAAGAAUGGGAGUUCUUAAUCUGAUUCCAGCACUUUUUUCAAAAAUUUCAAGAGCAGUGAUAAAGAAGGGAAAGGAGUGGGGAAUUGCAAGCAAUAUGCAUGGAGAUGGAUUCCAGAAUGGAGGCUUGAUAGUUGUGGAAGCUAAGGGAGAAAAACUAUUGUAUGAAUUUAAACAAGAUAAUCCAGCUGAUCAUGCACCAAACUCUGCCAUUUUACAGGUAAGCAAGACAUAGUAUUUGUCCUUCCUU